UGCGCUCCAGCUGCAGGAAUUAUGAUAUCUUUGGGCAGAUAUCAAGGGACAUGCUGGAAAGGGGCCAUGACCGGGACACACUGCAGUGCAGGGUUAAAGUGAAGGAGCUGUGGAAUGCCUAUGGCAAAGCCCGAGAGGCAAGCAGCCGCUCUGGUGCUGCCCCCGCGACCUGCCGUUUUUACAAAGAGCUGGACAUGAUACUUGUGGGCGACCCCACCUCCAUGCCGAGGACCACCAUGGACACCUCAGAGGCCAGUGCAACAAGGCAGGAGGAGGAGGAGGAGCAGCAGCAAAGCGGGAGCGAGGGUGCUCCGGCAGAGGAAGACACCCGAGAAUGCCUAGAUGCAUGCAGCCAGGAGCUGUUCUCAAGCCAGGAGGAAGGUAGCCAGUCACGGUGGCCGGUGCUUGGGGAAGGACAAACACCAGAGGAGGUUCCCGAUGCAACCUUGAGAUCUCAACCGUCCGUUUUAUCAACGGCCAAGAGGCAAUCAGGAAGGCAAAAGAAUCAGGAAGAGGCCACGUAGAAGCAAAGUCAUGCAGCAUUCAACUAAUGAAAAUAAAAAAGUGCAGGAGUGGCAGGA